AUAUCAGUCGUACGAUAAAAAAAAAAAAACAAAACAAAAAGAAGAAGAAGAAGAUAUAACAAAAGUUUGAAUUUGUAGGAUCUUAAAAAAAAUGGGAAAAUGGAGUGCGACAGUAGUGAUAAUGAUGCUGGUUGCGACGGUCGCAGUAGAAGCAAUACAGAAAAAAGAUUGGAUUCAAUGUUUGAGAGAGUGUUCAACGCCUUGCACCAUUCACGACGGUGAUUGCUUUGAACACUGUAAAAUCAAAUGCGGUGGCCCAAAUCCUCCCCAUGGUCCCUCUCCCUCCCCACGGAGAGAAGAAGGAAAACAGAUGACGACGGAGUCGAAAGAGAUGCAAGUGGUCAAGGGGCUCGACUUGGAGAGAUACAUGGGCCGUUGGUACGAGAUUGCUUCUUUCCCAUCCUUGUUUCAGCCUAAGAAUGGCGUGGACACUCGCGCCACCUACACCCUAAACCCCGACGGCACGGUGCACGUCCUCAACGAGGUAUGGAACGGAGGGAAGAGAGCUUUCAUCCAAGGUUCGGCCUACAAAACCGACCCAAAGAGCGACGAGGCCAAGUUCAAGGUCAAGUUCUACGUCCCUCCUUUCCUCCCUAUCAUUCCCGUCACCGGAGACUACUGGGUCCUUUACAUCGAUCCCGAUUACCAGCACGCAGUCAUCGGCCAUCCCUCAAGGUUUUACCUUUGGAUACUGAGCAGGACGGCUCACCUGGAGGAAGAUACAUACAAGCAACUGGUUGAGAAGGCAGUGGAGGAAGGCUACGACGUCAGCAAGCUUCACAAGACCCCUCAGAGUGACACACCACCUGAGUCCAACUAAAAUAUAAUUUCCUUUAUAAUUUGUGGCAGGAUUAUAAAACGAAAAAUAUAAAUAAGACCGGCUCAUGCAUGUUACUAAUUUUAAUAGACCAAUAACUA